CCUCACCGCCCCUCCGCAUCGGCAGCGCAUACGGGAAGGGAAGAUCACUUGUUUCGCGCGCGACGGCCGGAACAAGACAGAAAAGCUUGGUAUCCAGGCGGGCCAUUGACGGGGCAUGCAGGUCCUGAAACCGGCCGCACGCAAGGUCAGCCCUGCCGAGCGAAGAGAGAGAGAGCAGCCCGCCUUGCCCUUCCCUUUCUCCCGUCCCGCCUGUCCGUCGUCAUUGUUCGUUGCUGUUGCGUUGUUGUGCUUGGUGCUGGGCUGCGAGGCUGCGAAUCUGCGAGUCACACUCACUCACUCACACAAACCCCUCCCGUCCUGUCGUGCCUGCCUGCCACCUGCCUGUACCGAAACUUCACACCCACCCAAGACCUGCUGCAGUGCGUCCCUCCCGCGUGGGGACGGGUACCUAGGUAGGCAUGUCUGCAUGUACAUGCAUGCACGCAUGGUAGUGUAUGUACGUAAAUGGCGUCCAAUGUGCCUCCCCGCCCUAUUUGAUAUUGUACCCCCAAGGUCCCUAGGAUAAACCCUGGCCAUACGGCCCAACGCGCCUGCACCUGCGCCUCGCCGCCAUCAUCAUCAUCAUCUCCCCCACGUCACCCGUCACCCGUCACCCCGCCGCACCACCUAAGGCAGGUACAACACGGAACUAGCCAACAGCCCGCCCGCCCCUCCUCUACGGCGCCCUACCCGCACGCACGCGCCACAAACCCAACCCAA